UGUUUUGUUGGUGAUACUUUAAUACUACAAGUACUCUCAGAAAUUCGCCAUAAUCUCUUCAUGUUUAAGUCAAGAUAACAACAAAGUGUGUUUUCUGAAGUCUCACCGCUGCACAAAGAAUCUUACAGAAACUGAACUUUUUAAGUCCCGCCUCCUCAGUAUGGCUCUAGUUUCUCAUUGGUAAUUUCCCCUGAAACACUCCCACCUUAUUGGCUGUUUAAUGUGUCUGUUUGCGUUCCUGCACAGCAGAUGAACUUCGCUGAAGCCGAUUUUUAACAACGGUGCUGCUCGAUGAGCGAUAUUGGAAACUGAUCAACCCUGGCAUGGCACCCACAACGGAGCCGAGGCUGAAUGUGGAGGCUCUGAGUAAGAGAGAUGUGCUGCUGCUCUUCAGUGUUCUUGAAGGAGAGCUGGAGGCCAGAGACUUUGUCAUACAGGCACUCAAGGCCCAGCAUAAAGAUUCAUACGUGUGUGAACGAUACGGAAAAUACAACCUGAGUGACCCGUUCCUGGCCCUGCAGAGAGACAGCGAGACCCUCCAGAGCUCCAGCCAGACCAGAGAAGACAGAGCGAGUUCAUCUCAGAGACGGGAUGGGGUUUGUGGGGCCAAGGCUCGUUCAGAUCCUUUAGCGGUGCUGAAGCUGGUGGUGGGACACUGCAGGCGGAUGCAGGAGAAGAUGUUGAAACAGCUGGCGGCUGCAGAGAACAGACACAGAAGGGUCAUCGCUGAUCUGGAGGAGGAGAAGAGGAAGCACGCUGAAGAUACAGCAGAAGGAGAUGACGUCACUUACAUUCUGGAGAAGGAGCGAGAGCGCCUCCUGCAGCAGUUAGAGUUUGAAAAGUCGAAGACGUCCCGAAUGGAGCGUGAGAACAAGCGGCUGCACGAUCAGCUGAAUGAGCAGCAAGUCCAGCAAAAACAGCUCAUGACGGCACUGAGUCGGGAGUGCAAACGCUCCGGCACCCGUGCUUACGAGGAGUCCCAGCGUGCUGCCGAACUCAGCCAGCGACUCGAGCGCGAGCGAGCUGCCAAUCAGACUCUGAGGGCGGAGCUUGAAGAGGAAAAGAAGAGGGCUAUGCAGAUGGAGGCGAGACGAGAAGAGCUGCUGGCAGAGUUCGACACUGAAAGAGAACAGCUCGGGCUGAGAUUACGAAAAGAGGAAGCACGCUGUAACGCACUACAAGAAGAAUUAGAGACGUUAGGGAAAGAGACAACAGAUUCAGUCAAUGGCCACCACAUUUCUAUGGUGGAAGAUGCUGAGAAGCCGAGUUUGUUAAGCAAUGGGACCACUUCACAAGCCUCUCAAUCCCCAGACAUACAAGCUGCCUAUCAGGCCGGCAUCCACCAGCGCUUCCAUGCAGCCCGUCACAAGUUUCAAGGCACCAGUGAUCAAGAUCCAAACCCUGUUUCUUCUACUAUAAACUGUCCACAUGACAUUUCGCCUUGUCCAACUUCACCAGAUAUCAUUUCUUCAAAACAAGCCCCCCGUGGCACCAUGCUCAGUCGCUUUAGCACUCCUCAAAGUCCCAGCAAAUCAACAUCUUCAAACAGUUCUCCUUUCGGCACUGAUUAUCGUGCUGUGGUCCAGUCUGGGAUGUUGUCUCCAACUAUCAGGUCUCCGACUAUACCCAGAGCGGACAGAGGGAUCCCGCCUCCAAUCCCACCCAAAAAACCAGGCCUGGCCGAAACGCCGCCUUCUCCUGCCACCCUGCGAGCUGCUCACUUUGCUCAUAUGACUGUCGGUUGCGGACGCAACAGCAGCUCGGAGAACAGCAAAGAACCAGAUCUGAUGCUGUCAUCUAGCAGCUAGCAAGCGCAAAUCAACAACUCGAUCCUGUCAAACACUGCUGAUUUUUUAAGGGACUUUUCCAGGUUUUGAACAAAUAUUUGGUAACACUUUACUAUCCUAAUUAACUACUAGUUAGCUGUUUAUUAAUAGUUAGUAGGGUAGAAGUUGGGAAUGGGUUUUGGGUAGGAUUGAGGAUGUAGAAUACAAUCAUACUUUAUAACUGCUAAUGACAGUUCAUAUCUUAACAAUAGGCAGGUGAUAAGCCAGUAGUUAAUAGCAUGUAUUAUGACCUAAACUAAAAUGCUACCAAAUAUUUUAGAACCAUACGUUUAAGUAACUCUGUACUUUUAUUAUAUUUCGAUUAAGGCAUGUUGAUUAUAUGCAUAAUUACAUUAUGUGUUCAGUCAAUUAUUAUGAGAAUAAUCAGCAUUUUAUCUCUGACAAUCACCAGCUCCUGUAGAUAGUUUUAUAUAUUGUUUUUCUGCUAGAUAUUUAUACAUCUUUACACUACAAAUAAAACAUUUGGGUUCACUAAGUUUAGUUUUUAAGAAAAUCCUUUAUAAUGCUGCAAAAUUGAUUUCUAUUUCAAUUAAAAGUAAAUAAUUCUGAAAAGUGUUACAGUUUCCAAGCAGCGCACCCGUUUUCAACAUAAAUAAUAAUAUAAUCAAAUAACUUUUGAGCACCUAGUUGGCAUAUUAUAAUGAUAUCUGAGGGAUUAUUUUUCACUGAAUAUAUAUAUAUAUAAAACUGAACUGAAUAUAUAUAUUAUAUU